GCACACGAGGCGCGCUCGCUGCCGGAAGCGACAGUCUAUCGGUAGCCGGCGCGGCGCAGCAUGGCGGGGGCGUGGGGCAAGCCCCACAUGUCACCGGAGUCGCUGUCAGGGAAGCGGCGUUUGGAACCCGAGCAGGAGCGGCAUCCACAAGAGGUGGCAGUUACUAAACACUGUGAUUCCUCGCAGCCUCCUCUCCUCGGAGACACUGAUUCCAGUCUCUCUGACAGCGAGGAGAGUGUGUUUUCAGGCCUUGAGGAUUCUGGCAGUGACACUAGCGAGGACUACGCGGACGGAGCCGAUGGAGCCGAUGGUGACAAGGACAGCAAUGGAACGGAGGAAACCUCUGAGGAGCAGGCAGGCCCCCCUGGUCCAAGGACAGAGGAGGAGGGCGCUCUGACCAGAGAUGAGUAUGAGGAAGACAGCUCUGAUGAGGAGGACAUUCGGAACACUGUAGGCAAUGUGCCCCUGGCAUGGUACGAAGACUUCCCACAUGUGGGUUAUGACCUGGAUGGCAAACGUAUCUACAAGCCCCUGCGGACACGAGAUGAGCUGGACCAGUUUCUGGACAAAAUGGAUGACCCAGAUUUCUGGCGCACUGUGCAGGACAAGAUGACAGGGCGUGAUCUGCGGCUGACUGAUGAGCAGGUGGCCCUGGUCCAGCGGCUUCAGAAAGGCCAGUUUGGAGACUUGGGCUUCAACCCCUAUGAGCCAGCCGUGGACUUCUUCAGUGGUGACGUCAUGAUCCACCCUGUGACCAACCGCCCAGCCGACAAGCGUAGUUUCAUUCCAUCUCUAGUUGAAAAGGAGAAGGUGUCUCGCAUGGUGCACGCCAUCAAGAUGGGCUGGAUCAAGCCUCGACGGCCCCCGGACUCCACACCUAGCUUCUAUGACCUGUGGGCUCAGGAGGAUCCGAAUGCUGUGUUGGGGCGCCACAAGAUGCAUGUGCCUGCACCCAAGCUGGCCUUGCCAGGCCAUGCGGAGUCUUAUAACCCACCUCCUGAGUACCUGCCCACCGAGGAGGAGCGCCUGGCAUGGCUGCAGCAGGAGCCUGGUGAGCGGAAGCUUAACUUCCUGCCCCAGAAAUUUCCCAGCCUGAGGACAGUGCCUGCUUAUGGCCGCUUCAUCCAGGAACGUUUUGAGCGCUGCCUUGACUUGUAUCUGUGCCCACGGCAACGCAAGAUGAGGGUGAAUGUGGACCCUGAAGACCUCAUCCCCAAGCUUCCUCGGCCAAGAGACCUUCAGCCUUUCCCUGUGUGCCAGGCCCUCGUCUACAGGGGCCACAGUGACCUUGUUCGCUGCCUCAGUGUCUCCCCAGGGGGCCAGUGGCUGGCUUCAGGUUCGGAUGACGGCUCCGUGAGGCUCUGGGAGGUGGCCACUGCCCGCUGUAUGAAGACUGUGCUUGUUGGGGGUGUGGUACGGAGCAUUGCCUGGAAUCCCAAUCCUGCCAUAUGCCUAGUAGCUGCAGCCAUGGAUGAUGCAGUGCUGCUUCUGAGCCCAGCCCUGGGAGACCGGCUGUUGGUGGGCAGCACAGACCAGAUGCUGGGAGCCUUCACUCCACCUGAAGAGCCAACGUUGCAACCAGCCCGCUGGCUAGAGGCCUCGGAGGAAGAACACCAGAGGGGCUUGCGACUACGUAUCUGCCACAGCAAGCCAGUGACGCAGGUGACCUGGCAUGGGCGAGGGGACUACCUGGCUGUGGUGCUGUCUAGCCCAGGACAUACUCAGGUGCUGAUCCACCAGCUGAGCAGGAGGCGCAGCCAGAGCCCGUUCCGCCGUAGCCAUGGACAGGUGCAGUGCGUGGCUUUCCACCCUACCCGGCCCUUCCUGCUUGUGGCCUCUCAGCGAAGUGUCCGCAUUUACCACCUGCUGCGCCAGGAGCUUACCAAGAAGCUCAUGCCCAACUGCAAGUGGGUUUCUAGCCUGGCUGUACACCCAGCAGGUGACAACAUCAUCUGUGGCAGUUAUGACAGCAAACUGGUGUGGUUUGACCUGGAUCUUUCCACCAAGCCAUAUAAAGUGCUGAGGCACCACAAGAAAGCCUUACGGGCUGUGGCCUUCCAUCCCCGGUACCCACUCUUCGCAUCUGGCUCAGAUGACGGCAGUGUCAUCGUCUGCCAUGGCAUGGUGUACAACGACUUGCUACAGAACCCACUGCUGGUACCCGUCAAGGUGCUUAAGGGGCACACACUGACCCGCGAUCUGGGUGUUCUGGAUGUGACCUUCCACCCCACACAGCCAUGGAUCUUCUCCUCUGGGGCAGAUGGCACCAUCCGACUCUUCAGCUAGGCUGGGGCACUGCUGUGGCGGCCUGGGACAGGGUGGCUGGUGUGACCGCACAGACUCCAUAGGACCCUGAUUCCCGCUGUCCUGGUCUUCUCGGUUGCACCCUGAGAGCUGUUCACUCCAGACCCAGGGACCUCAGGAUUCCCUUCCCGGAAGGAAGGGAAGAGGGACACUGAUACGCUUGUCACCUACUGAGGUGUAAGUGGCUUUAUUGGGCAAUAAACUGGGGCACCACA